AUGGCUCAUCAUUUACCCGAUCUCAUUAUACCGAAAAUUCAUUUUGUCACUGAGUAUCUGAUAACGAUCAAUGUCAAUGGACCAGCAACUCGUUUUUGGUCAUUUACUCUUGCCAAAAGACAUCAACUUCGACAAUGUCUUAUGUUAUCCAAUAAGAAUGAUUAUAAUAUAUGUACUGAGAUAACAUUGUUAAAAACCAUCCAGUAUUCUUCAUUACCAAUACCUGUUCAACGUUUAUUAACAGAAAAUGAUAUUAAUCAAAACAUAUUUGAUGAAUGUAAAACAAUUUAUUACAAAAAUGUUAUGAUGAUGAGACAAUCAGUAUUUGUUGAAAGAUUAGUUGAUGUAGAAGAAGAACCAUGUUUUGUUUCUAUCCUGUAUUUCUUGAAAAUACAAAAUAUUUGGAAAGCAAUUGUUGAACAUUUACAAGUGAUAGGAUUCAAUGAAACACUUUGGGCGUAUGAGAUCGAAUUUUGUAAAACAUUAGAUUUAUUAGACUUGGAUCAACUUCUACACAUUUUACCUCAUGGACUAGAUAUUUAUUAUGUUCAAGGUUCUGCUUAUGUUAAUUUUUAUCUCGUUUGA